AUGUCUCAAGAAGCGGUUGACCUGAAAAACCAAGGCAACAAGUCCUUUGCUGCUGGUGAUUUCCCUGCUGCUGUCGACUUCUACUCCAAGGCCAUCGCAUUAAACGACAAGGAACCUACUUUCUUCACCAAUCGAGCCCAAGCAUACAUCAAGACCGAGGCAUACGGAUAUGCUAUUAUCGAUACAGGAAAAGCCUUGGAGUUGAAUCCCAAGCUCAUCAAGGCUUACUACCGACGAGGACUCGCCCGAACGGCUAUUCUGCGACCCAAGGAAGCGAUCGACGACUUUAAAGAAUGUGUCAGACUAGAUCCCAACAACAAGGAUGCCAGGCUCAAGCUCGAAGAGUGCAAAAAGAUUGUGCGCCAACUCGCCUUCUUUGCGGCUAUCGAGGUUGGCGAUGAGCCCUCAGCUGCCGAAGGCCUCGACCUUGAUUCCAUGGUCGUUGAGCCUGAGUACGACGGUGUUCGCUUAGAGGACGAGAUGACGCAAGAAUUCAUCGACGACAUGAUGGAGCGAUUCAAGAAUGGCAAGAAAAUUCACCGAAAAUACGUCUACCAAAUCAUUCUCGCUGUCAAGAAGAUUGUCUACGACGAGGCUACAAUGGUCGAGAUGGAGAUUCCCGAUGAUGUCGAGCUGACCGUCUGCGGUGACACUCACGGCCAAUACUUUGAUCUGAUGGAACUCUUCCGUCGCAAUGGAGUUCCAAACGAGAAGCACUGGUACCUUUUUAACGGUGAUUUUGUCGACCGAGGGUCAUGGUCCACCGAGAUUGCUUUGCUCCUAUACGCUUUCAAGUGGUUGAGACCAAACGGCUUCUUCCUGAACCGUGGCAACCACGAAACGGACGACAUGAAUCGCGUGUACGGUUUCGAGGGAGAAUGCAAGGCUAAAUAUAACGAAAGAGUCUUCAAACUAUUCUCGGAAAGUUUCUCUGCCCUUCCCCUCGCCACUCUCGUUGGCGAAAAGUAUCUUGUCCUUCACGGCGGCUUGUUCUCCGAUGACAAUAUCACCUUGGACGAUAUCCGCAAGUUGAACAGACACAACCAAAGACAGCCCGGCCAAGCAGGUCUCAUGAUGGAGAUGCUGUGGACCGAUCCGCAAGAUGAGCCCGGUCGUGGCCCCAGCAAAAGAGGCGUGGGAAUGCAGUUCGGCCCCGACAUCACCAAGAAAUUCUGUGAGAAGAACGGUCUCGAGGCUGUUAUUCGAAGUCAUGAAGUGCGCAUGGACGGUUAUGAAGUCCAGCAUGAUGGAAAGUGUAUUACCGUUUUCUCCGCGCCCAAGUACUGCGACUCGACGGAGAAUCGCGGCGCGUACAUCAACAUCAAGUCCGACUACAAGCUCCGGUAUGAGCAGUUUGAUGCCGUACCGCACCCGGACAUCAAGCCAAUGGCAUAUGCCCAAAAUUCUCUCAUGUCAUCUCUGAUGUAG